AUGAAGAGCUCGCCGAAGCCGAUGCCGGAGGCCCCCGCCAUGCUGAUCGAGCCGGCGCUAAGGCCUGCGGGCAUCAGCCCCGUGCAGAAGCGAACAAUCGAGCAGAAGAUCUCCGAGCUGAAGGCGCUCAGGGGGGAGAAGACCUUGCUGUGGUGCAAGCUUUCAGAGGACAGCCUGUCUUCGCGACAGGAGGAGUUUUCUGAGAAGCUCACUCUGAUCUCCCUCGUCCGAUCGCUACGAAGCAAGUGCCACGAGCUGGAGGAAGACUGCAACCAGAAGGAGGCGAGGCUGAAGGCGUGCCAGGUGAAGCUGGCCGAGUGCCAGGGGGUCCUGGAGGAUGAACGCAGGAGGUUUGCCGAUGAGCGCAAACAGUGGGACGACAGGCUCACACAAGUUGUGUUGAAUAGCAAAAGUUGGCACGAGCACGAUUGA